AUGUCUGUCAAAGUCCACACUCAUGGUUCAAAUCGCGAAAGGCCUAAUCAGGCCGAAAGAAAGGUAGUUUUUAAAGGCGUCCUGGAUAAUCCUUUUCGACUGCACUGGCCUUCCGUACCUAUCAAUCUCCAAAACCUAGUCCUUGCACAGAUUCUAUCUUUAUUAGAUGGAGUUUCAGAGUACCAACAUUUUCGGUCACAGAUGAAUAGAAAGCGAAAACGAGAACCGCUGGAAGAAAAACAUACACGGAAGAAAACGAGAAGGGUAACGACAAAUGAUUUAGAAAAUUCGCCCAUUGCUGGAGCCGAUCAGGGAUCAAGUUCUGCCGACAUGCAGGUAGACGUUGCUCCUGAUGGUCCACCAGCAAUACUUGCUCAUCUCACCUUGGGAAUCAAUCAAGUUACUAAACGCCUCGAGGUGCUGGUGCGGACUCGUCGCGGAGGAAUCGACAAGAACGCGUCUUCGCCCCCUGCCAUCAGGAUAAUCCUUGUGUGUCGUGCAGACGUCAACCCCCCGAUACUUAUAGAUCAUCUUCCGCAUCUAGUUGCGGCGUACAACUCUACCAAACCCCCAGAUUCGAUCCUCCUCGUUCCACUCCCGCAAGGUGCUGAGUUCACGUUAUCAAAAGUCAUGGGCAUACGAAGAGUCGCUGUGAUGGCCGUCAAUAGCGACGCUCCAGAACUCUCAAAUAUCCUUUCCCUCGUGACAUCUGUUCCAGUACUCACGGCCUCCUGGCUCGCGGCGGCGGUCUCCGUGGCAGAAAUCAAGAGUGCUACACCCAUUAUUCCUACGCAUAUCAAACAAUUACGCACUACAGCUCCCAAAGACAUGAAAGUUGCCAAAGAACAAAGGGCUGCAGGUCGAGUUGCGGCGAAAGAGCGAAAAAAGGAUAAAUCAAAACCAGUCGCGAAAUAGGAUUAGGAGUAGGAAUCUGGCUACAUACUCAAACUGCACCUCAUUCAUUCACCAAAUAUUGGUGUAUGUACAUAGUGAUAAUAUUUUAACUUUGAGGGUUCAUCACUGUUUUGUUGCGUUUUGUCAUGAUUUAUUAUACACGACG